ACGUGACCGCCUCGCUCCUCGCCCCGUCGAGAUGGCGGCGCCUGUGGAAGAGGAGCAAGCGCUGCUGGACGAGGACUCGUUGCCGGAGCACGAUGGCUGCCCUGCGCGGAAGCCGAUGUCGGCCCUGUGCGACCCGCAGCGGGUGGCUCAUCGGAUGCUGGUCCUGUCGCUCAUGUGCUUCCUGGGCUUCGGCAGCUAUUUUUGCUAUGACAACCCCGCAGCGUUGCAAACUCAGGUCCAAAAGGAUAUGAAGGUGAACACAGCUGAAUUCAUGGCACUGUAUGCCUGGUAUUCUUGGCCUAAUGUGGUUCUCUGUUUCUUUGGAGGCUUUCUGAUAGACAGAGUCUUUGGAAUAAGGUGGGGCACAAUAAUAUUCAGCACCUUUGUCUGUAUUGGACAGGUGAUAUUUGCUGUGGGAGCAAUAUGUAAUGCUUUUUGGCUGAUGGAAGCCGGCAGAUUUGUAUUUGGGAUUGGUGGAGAGUCCUUAGCAGUGGCGCAAAAUACCUAUGCUGUCAGUUGGUUUAAAGGAAAAGAAUUAAACCUUGUGUUUGGGCUGCAGCUCAGCAUGGCUAGAAUUGGGAGCACUGUCAAUAUGAACAUUAUGGGAUGGGUGUACUCCAAAGCUCAAGAUCUGAUCGGUUCUACGGGUCACACCACUCUUGGUAUAGCUCUCUUGAUAGGUGGUGUGUCCUGUAUCUUUUCACUACUCUGUGCUCUCAUUCUUGGUUAUCUGGAUAAAAGAGCAGAGAAAAUUCUUUGCAAAGAGCAGGGAAAAACUGGUGAAGUGAUAAAAUUAACCGAUGUGAAAGACUUCUCGCUGUCCUUGUGGCUCAUAUUUAUUAUCUGCGUUUGCUACUAUGUGGCCGUCUUCCCUUUCAUUGGACUUGGAAAGGUUUUCUUCAUUGAGAAAUUCAAGUUUUCUCCUCAAGAAGCAAGUGCAAUCAACAGCAUUGUCUAUAUCAUAUCGGCACCCAUGUCCCCUGUCUUUGGAUUCCUGGUGGACAAAGUUGGAAGGAAUGUCACCUGGGUUAUGUGUGCUGUAGUGAUUACUCUGGCUUCUCAUAUAAUGCUUGCCUUUACCUUCUGGAACCCCUGGAUUGCCAUGUGUUUCCUGGGAGUAGCUUAUUCUCUGCUGGCCUGUGCCUUGUGGCCUAUGGUAGCUUUCGUUGUCCCUGAACACCAGCUCGGAACCGCUUAUGGCUUCAUGCAGUCAAUCCAGAACUUGGGCCUGGCCAUCAUUGCCAUCGCAGCUGGCAUGAUCCUGGAUUCCCGGGGCUACCUCUUCCUAGAAAUCUUCUUCAGUGCUUGUUUGUGCUUGGCCCUCAUUGCUGUUGUCAUGCUGUACUUUGUGAAUCUCCUCAGAGGAGGUGACCUUAACUGGUCUGCAAAGAAAAGGGAAAAACUACAGAAACUAGCUGUGGCUGAAGCAAAAAGACGGGAAAAAAUCAGACGUCAGAAUGAAGAUGACUUAGCCAAAUUGCAACCAAAGAAUGACUUUAGUUUGAGGAAUAGGUAUCUCUCCAGAUUAGGUGCUCAGCUGCCAGACACCUAUGUUUGCCACUUAGCUGCACUGGCACACAGAAGUGUGUUGAAAUAGCAGAAUUGUGUCAAGAUGUGGAAAUGGCAGUGUGAAAUUUUGUGCAACGCAGGACCCCCCCCCCACUCUUCUGUGGAAGAGAGCUGCAAUAUACAGAAUGAAAAGCGGUCAAUAUUAGAUCUUGUGCGAACAAGCAGUUAGCUGACCUCUUGGAAGAUUUUAAGAUGCUACAUUGAAUUCUGUGCCAAAGUGGGUGGGGUGGAACUUUUUUUUUAAAAAAAGUUUCCAUGGAUUUACAGCUGUUUGCAGUCACUUGCUUUGCUUAGAACUCAUAUCCGCUUACUGUUUUCCAGAGUGGCAAUCUUGCAUUUUAAAUAGAAUUUCAUAAAACAAUAUGAAUUUGGGGUAAACCCCCCCAAAAACCUGUUCAGUAUAACCACACUCUGGAAUCAAAUAUCUUUUAUUCACAUUCUAGGUUUCUUUUGCUCUUAAGAAGGAAACAGUGGAGCCUUAAUUCACUAGACUAUUAAUUUCUGUGAAAUUUUUAGCUUUUUAUCAGAAACUUUUUAAACGCACUACUACCCUUAAAAGUGACUUCUUGAAGAUGUGGGAAUUUUCAUAUUUUGUGUUGAUGAAAAGCAGAAGCAUGACGUUUCCUAUGGAAAUAGCUUAAAAUGUAUUUCUUCUUCUUUAUUAAGGUAAUGAUAGCAAUAAAAUGGUAGAACUUGCUGUUGCAGUUCGUUGCAAUAAGAAAAGCCAUUUGUUGUGGCCAUAAAUGAAAUGGAUUAAAAUUCCAGGAGGAAACGGUCCUCAGGGUCAUCGUCAGGCUUCUAUCACUGCAGAAAUGUUUUAAUAUGAAGCUGUUAAUAGUUAAAUAUUGCAUUACUAGCAAUGCAGUCAUCAGUUGGUUAACACUGGGUGUUACCUGCUGUUAUAUAAGCUGGUGCACCUUUCAACUUGAAUGUUGAUAGUGCAUCUUGGUACUUGAACCGUAUCUUGGUACUCGAACGGCUUGGCUCCUGAACAUAUCAGCUCCUGAAUGCCACAAACCUGGAAGUGAGCGUUCCGGUUUGCAAACGUUUUUCGGAAGCCGAACGUCCGACACAGCUUCUGCAGCUUUCAUUUGAGUUCAGAAAGCUCCUGCAGCCAAUCGGAAGCUGUGCCUUGGUUUUCAAAUGGUUUGGGGAAUUGAAAGGACUCCUGGAAAGGACUAUGUUCGAGAACCAAGGUACCACUGUACACAAAUGUACUGUGUGGAAUCUCUUAGGCUACAAUCCUUUACACACUUAACUGGGAGCAUAGCCCAUUGAAACUGGUUCAAAUCCCCACGAUGGGGUGAGCUCCCGUUGCUCGGCCCCUGCUCCUGCCCACCUAGCAGUUCGAAAGCAUGUCAAAGUGCAAGUAGAUAAAUAGGUACCACUCCAGUGGGAAGGUAAACGGCGUUUCCGUGCACUGCUUUGGUUCACCAGAAGCAGCUUAGUCAUGCUGGCCACAUGACCCGGAACCUGUCUGCGGACAAACACUGGCUCCCUCGGUCUAUAGAACGAGAUGAGCGUGCAACCCCAGAGUCAUCUGCGACUGGACCUAACGGUCAGGGGUACUUUUACCUUUACCUUUAAGCUAUAACAAAGGGACUGGUGGGUGGUGCUGUGGUCUAAACCACUGAGCCUAGGGCUUGCCGAUCGGAAGGUCGGCGGUUCGAAUCCCCGCGAGGGGUGAGCUCCCGUUGCUCGGUCCCAGCUCCUGCCAACCUAGCAGUUUGAAAGCACACCAAAAAGUGCAAGUAGAUAAAUAGGUACUGCUCUGGCGGGAAGGUAAAUGGCGUUUCCCUGCGAUGCUCUGGUUUCGCCAGAAGCGGCUUAGUCAUGCUGGCCACAUGACCCAGAGAAACUGCGGACAAACGUCAGCUUCCUCGGCCUGUAAAGUGAGAUGAGCGCCAUAACCCCAGAGUCGUUCACAACUGUACUUAACUGUCUGGGGUCCUUUUCCUUUAAGCUAUAAUAAGCAGUAUCUACACAGUCUUGAAAACUGCUGAAGGCUCUGGAACACAGUUCUCUUUACUCAAGCACAAGACUUGUUUUUAGAACACACUAUACCUGAACGAACAUUGAUGACCUAAAACAAAGUCAUAUACUGUACUCCCAAGUCAAUUGGAUGCAUUUCUUUUACUACUUAUUUCAUGAGAAAUAAUAAUAAAUAUUUUAGAGGAAAAUGUAAAUUCUAAAUGGAUGGCUUAUUUGUAAUUGUAAUUAUUUCCCCUUUCUUGCUAAUAAAGCCAAAUAAGCACAAUAGUAUGCUGCUUUUUAAUAUUUGUUUUCACUUAUUUUAUAGCACACAUACUCAGGUGGAUGGAAAGAUAAGUGCUGCAAGCCAGCUUGUUGAGCUCUUCGCGUAUUAAAGUAUUAACAAGUUAGGGCUAAUUUUAUGUCUGGAAAAACUGUGCUGGUGGGAAAUAAAGAAUAAAGCUAUUCUUUUAUGCAGAUAGAGAUUGUAACUGCGCCUUUUGCCCAGAUAUAUUAAUACUCUUAGCUGUGCACUGCAACUUCCCUGCUUUCCUCUUCCCAUGCCCCUCCCUGCCCAUCGAGGGGAUCCCACCAUCUUCUGAAGCAGACUUAGGGGUUGUCCUGAGAAAAACGUCGUUAUAGUGGUACAAGUUGCUUAGUUGGAUACUGCCCUACUCAUGAAGUUUCUCUGGUGUAAAUACCUACUUCCGCUGGCUAAAGAUUAAGCUUGAUACUACGUAAAAUGACUUGGUUCUCAUGAAAUUGCAUAUAAGCUCUACUCCAAAUGGGCCAAACAACCCCCCUACUUGUUGAUUUUCAUUUUCAAACCUUCCAUUAGGUUUUGACUUCA